AUGGUGGUUAUACCCCUAACUACUGAGGAUAUCGAGAACAUUGAACCCUUUGAGGUUUUGAUUAAAAACAUACCGGGAACUAGACUGGAUUAUCCCAGUAAACUGCAAUUCAAUUAUCCUCGCACUGUUGACCGGGAAAGAUUAAAAGGAUAUCUAGGAGUUGUGAGUGGAAAAAGGAUUGGAGAACUUAAAAGAGCUUGGAAGGUUGCUUUUGAUAGUGAAAAUAUCGAAGAUGAGUUAGAUGAAAUGGCAGCCAUUCAAGCUUUUGAAAUACUUACAGCAGCAAUUAUCUCUAAUAAUCAUCAAAAUCAAUUUAGUCCAGUAGUAACUGUUUUACCAAUUACUUACCAAUUAGAUAAAGUUUAUCCCUUUGAAAUACUUAUUAAUUUAGAUAAACCAAGCAAAAUACUCUUGGAUCAAAUUAUUACUAUUGAUAAAAUUUAUGUUAAAGAAAAAAUUGCUUCUUUAACCACCAAGGAAUUAAUGGUUAUAGAAAGAAAAUUGCAUAUUACUUUGGGUCUGCCUUGUUAUAGAGAAGUGAAUUUAGAAGAACUUGAUUUAGGAAAUAAUGAAUUUACUGGUUCUUUAGAAUUUACUAAGAAUAUGGAUAAGUUAGAAAAACUUAGUAUUUAUGGAACUAAUCUCACUACUGUAACUCACCCUGAAUUAAUGAAAAAAGCUGGUAAAGAACCAAUAGUUCUUAGUUAUGAUGGGGAAAUUAAAUUAGAAAAAGUCACUACUGCUCCUGAAUUUUUACAAGAAGAAUUAGAAAAAGAACUAAUUUUUUUUGAAAAUUAUCAUCCCCCACUAAAUUACUCCGAUUUUCUUCUCCGUGAUGGUAAUGUUCAAGAAAAAAGUAAUGAGUUAACAGUAGAACAAAAACAAGAAUUAGAUAAAGUUACUAGCCAAUUAUGCAUUAACCAAAAUAGUCCUGAAGAUAAAAGUCAAGAAGUUCCUAAAAUGCGACAAUAUUAUUCUCAUUCUGAUGCUACUUUAAUUGCCAUUGAUGAAGAAAUAGGAAAUGAAAAUGAUUAUUCGUUAGGUUCUUCUUCGUUGCAGUUAGAAGACAACACCCGUCAAAUUUCCAUCACUCCUUUAGUCUUCAUCACUCCUUUAGCGGUAAAACAUCGUCAACAAACUGUUCCUGUGGAUGGUAUUUAUGCUAUUCUUGGUUUGCUUCCCUAUGGAGAUAAAGUAAAGACUAAUUAUAAACAUUUUGGUCAGGAGUAUACUAAGGAAGAUUUGGAAAAAUCAUUAUUACCAGUAGUCAAAGAAGCUAUUCAACAGGGAACUAUAAAAACUAUUCUACAAAUACAAGUUGGGGACAAUUUAGUGGUGAUUGGCGAGAAAGGAGUAAUAGAAUAUAUAGUUAUCCUAAUACCUAAUAAUACUGUUCAUUCAAUAGGUCUAGUAGAAUUACAAACAGAUGAAAAACCAACCUCUAAAGAAAUUUUUGCUGACUUAGUAAACCGAAGAAUAAUCUGCGGUAGAGAAAGUAUUUCUCAUUAUCAAGAACUGCUAAAAGACAAAGACAAACAACUAGAGUUAACUACCUUCCUAGAAUGA